GACACAUCUGCGUCUUUAUAGACGAUCUUUACAAGUGGUCCGUGCUGCUUUUUGCGGUGACAGUCCUGCACGCGUACUGACAGCAGCAACGAUGGCUCCUCAGCAGAAGAACAGAGUGUUUGUCAUCGGGGUGGGCAUGACGAAGUUUGAGAAGCCUGGAUCCAGAAAGGACUUCGACUAUCCUGAUAUGGCCAAAGAAGCAGGUGAAAAAGCUCUAGCAGAUGCAGGGAUCCCAUAUUCAGCCAUCGAACAAGCCUGUGUAGGAUAUGUUUAUGGGGAUUCAACAUGUGGGCAGAGAGCCAUUUAUCACAGUUUGGGUCUGACCGGCAUCCCCAUCAUCAACGUGAACAACAACUGCUCCACGGGCUCCACUGCUCUCUUUAUGUGCCGUCAGCUGAUCCAGGGAGGUCUUGCUGAUUGUGUUCUCGCUCUUGGCUUUGAAAGGAUGGAACGAGGCUCUUUGUCCGCUAAGUUCACGGACCGGGUCAACCCGGUGGACAAACACAUGGAAGUGAUGGUCAACCGCCACGGGUGGGCAGCUGCACCUCCAGCCCCUCAGAUGUUUGGCAAUGCUGGCAGGGAGCACAUGGAGAAAUACGGCACCAAACUAGAACACUUUGCCAAGAUUGCCUGGAAGAACCACAAGCAUUCCAUGAAUAACCCAUAUUCCCAGUUCCAGGAUGAGUACAGCUUGGAGCAGGUGAUGAACUCCAAGAAGGUGUUUGACUUUCUUACUCUGCUGCAGUGCUGCCCGACCUCAGACGGUGCUGGAGCAGCUGUUCUGGCCAGCGAGGCCUUUGUUAGGAAGCACCAUCUUGAAAACCAGGCCGUGGAAAUUGUGGCUCAAGAGAUGGUGACCGACCUUGCGUCCACAUUUAAUGAAAACAGCACCAUUAAAAUGGUGGGAUACGACAUGACUCGGCUGGCAGCUGCCAAGUGCUUCGAGGCUACAGGUCUAAAGCCAAGUGACGUCGAUGUUAUUGAGCUGCACGACUGCUUCUCAGCCAAUGAGCUCAUCACGUAUGAGGCGUUGGGUCUGUGUGAAGAAGGUAAAGCUGGAGAACUAAUUGACAGAGGAGACAAUACAUACGGAGGAAAGUUUGUGGUCAACCCCAGUGGUGGUCUCAUCUCUAAAGGACAUCCACUUGGUGCCACAGGUCUGGCGCAGUGUGCAGAGCUGUGCUGGCAGCUCCGGGGGCUGGCCGGCAAGAGGCAGGUCCCAGGGUCAAAACUGGGCUUGCAGCACAACAUUGGCAUAGGAGGAGCUGUGGUGGUCACUCUUUACAAGAUGGGUUUCCCAAAGGAGUCAAGCUCAGGCACCGGACUGGAAGGGUUUAAAUCUUACUCCAUCUUCAAAGAGAUUGAAAAACGUUUGCAGGAGGAAGGAGAGCAGCUCGUCAAGAAGGUGGGUGGAGUGUUUGCCUUUAAAGUGAAGGACGGGCCCAAUGGGAGCGAGGCCACCUGGGUUGUGGAUGUGAAAAAUGCCAAAGGUUCUGUCACCAACGACCCAGAUAAAAAGGCCGACUGCACGUUGUCCCUGAGCGACGAGGAUCUGCGGGAUUUGAUGAUGGGAAAGUUGACCCCACGAGUG